UGUCAGCCAAAGCAAGCCUGCUGGCCUAGCAUCCAAGAAUGGAACGCAUUGAACAAGACUGUCUCUGGACGUCUGAAAGUCCCAGUCAUGCUAUCGAGUCCUUGUUUCCCCAGUACACCAAACUUUGAUGCCAGCGUCUGUGCCAACGUUUUGGACAACUACUCCAACGGCACCUUUCGAGAGUCAACGUACGGCGCUCAGCAAAUCACCCAAUGGGAGGCUUGCGGCAAUACAAACUGCUAUCCAGGCAUUGUCCCGCCUCAAGGAUCGACCUGCUCUCUCGGAAGGAUAUCGCCUCUCUACGUUGAUGCCGAGACGCCUGCCGAUAUCACAGCCACUCUCGCCUUUACCAAACAACACGGCAUUCGCAUCGUGGUCAAAAAUACGGGACAUGACUACCUUGGUCGAAGCGCUGCUGCAAAUACCCUGGGCCUGCGAACCCACAACAUGAAGAGCAUGACCUUCAAGUCCUCCUUCACAGCCCACAACUGCGCAGCCUCGAACAGACAGAACAUCGGCAUUAUUGGCGCAGGCGUCAUCGCAGAGGAGGCCCUUACUUUCUUCGACAAGCACGGCAUGAUGGCCACAGUCGGAGGCUGUCCUACCGUUGGCAUCGCCGGCGGCUUCGGUCAGGGCGGCGGCCACGGUCCUCUUGCUCCUACUCACGGCCUGAUGGUGGACCAAGCCGUCGAGUUCGACGUCGUCACAACGGACGGCGUCUUCAGAACAAUCAAUGCUUGCAACGAGCCUGACCUCUUCUGGGCGAUGCGUGGCGGGGGAGGCCAGUCGUACGCGAUCCUGGUCAACUACAAGUUCCAGCUCUAUCCGCAGACGCAAUGGGCGACGUGGCGACUCGAGGCCAGUCUGACGCCGAGCAGCUCCAACGUCACGCAUGACACUGUCCUCCGCGAUGUCCUCAUAGCCUUGUCCAAGGACCAGCCGAAAUGGUCGCAGAAUCGUGUUGCCGGCUACGACCUCAUCUCGCCAACUGGCGUCACUUUUCUCGAGAUACUUCCCGCCGCCGGCAAUCCUUUGGCAACGCUCAAGAAUCUCACCGCCAGCUUCAACGCUUUCCUGUCCAAGCACUCAGGCGUCAACAUUUCCAUCAACUCGUACCAAGUCUUUCCCACGCAGCAGGCGUUCUAUACCGGUCAGGCAGAUUACAUCGCCCGCGGCGGCACAGUUGGCGCUUCCAUCUUGCUCCCAAGCCGCCUCAUCACCACGGACAACUUCGAAAGCCCUUCCAAGAUUGACGCGCUUGGACUUGGCGAUGCCCUCGCGUCUCGGGUGGCCUUCCUCCUUCUGAAAACAGGAGCACCCAACACGGCCGACACCGCGCAGGCGACCAGCGUCAAUCCCGCUUGGAGAAAGACCUUGUGGCAUCUGGUAGCACCUGCUGUAUGGCUUCCUGGCACUACAGACAAGGUUAGCAGCGGCGUCGCAUCGGCUGCUCGGGCUGCUAUGGAUGCGAUCAAGGCGCCCCUGAGCGUGCAGGCUGCGUAUCUGAACGAAGCUGAUCCGGAUGAACCAGACUGGCAAAAUGUCUUUUUUGGCAGGAAUUACGAUAAGUUGCUUGCUAUCAAGAAGAAGUGGGAUCCGGAU